AUGGUUCUUCGCAUUGCUGACAAUGAAACAAGGCCAGCGAUGGGUUAUAUUUAUGAAGCUAUGGAUAGAGCAAACGAAACAAUUCUGAAGUCCUUUGAUAACAAUAGAGAGAAAUGUAAAAAUGUGUUGGACAUUAUUGAUAGUAGAUGGGAUCGUCAGCUUCAUCAUCCUUUGCAUGCAGCGGGAUACUACUUAAACUCGUAUUUUUACUAUCACAAUCCGAAAGUUGAGACGGAUACAGAAGUAACAAAUGGAUUGUUUGCAUGCAUACAAAGAUUGAUUCCAAGCCCUGAACUGAGGGAUAAGAUUAUUAUGGAGGAGUUGCCGGUAUAUAAGAACUCAGAGUCAUUGUUCGGCAAUGAAUUUGCCAUUAGAGCAAGGAAUAAUAAAGACCAACCAAUGACACCUGCGAACUGGUGGAAAAUGUUUGGCAAUGGUACUCCGAAUUUGAAAGAAUUUGCUAUCAAAGUUCUUAGCCUCACAUGUAGUGCUUCGGGUUGUGAAAGGAAUUGGAGCAUAUUUGAGCAUUUUGCUUACUCUAAAAGUAUGAUGGUUCCAUCAUAUGUGGCACAGUUACAUUCAAAGAAAAGGAAUAGACUCGAUCACAAGAAACUACAUGAUUUGGUGUACGUGAAGUACAAUCAAACACUCAAGGCUUGUGCGGUUAAGAAGGAUAAAGGAGAUCCUAUAGUUUUGAGGAAUAUUGAUGAUUGCAAUAAUGAGUGGUUGACUGGAAUGAUGGAAGCUGGUGAGGAACCUAUUUUUGAUGACGAUGAUGACACUUUAACAUGGAACGUUGUAGCAGAGGCUAUUGGAGUAGAAGAAGUGAUAAGACAUACUAGGCAACAACAGACCUUAAACCCUAUUUAUAGGGGAGCUUCAACUUCAACUUCUAGAGGCAAAGAAUCUACUAACGAGGGAGAGUUUGAUGAUGACGUGUUAAAAGAUUAUUAUUCAGACAUUGAUGAAAACGUGGAGGAUGGUGAUGGGGAUGAAAUGAUUGAAUUGGAAAAUGAUUGA